CAUCUUCUCUUAAUAAAUUCAAAGUGAGUUUGGAUCUCAACAGCACUAAGAAUUGCAAGGAUUAACAUAGGUUGACUGGCUUCCUAUCCUUACCACGUAGUAAGUAAGUACUGAAUACCAAAAUCUUACUUCGGUUGGAAGUCCGGUCUUCAGCGAUAAAAAAUAGUAAGUCGUUUGACCUGUGUUAAUCCUCGGAGCGAAGAUCCAGCUUCUCUUUGAGAUUGUACACUGGUGGAAAUGAUGACACCUGUUCGCGUAGAGUACUCUGGAACGCACCUUCUAGUCAUUGAACAAUCGGUGUAGGAGAAUCCCACUGAGUUUAUUUGGUUGAGGUUUAUUAAAUUCAUUGUGGCCUCGGAGAUAAUUAGUUCCGUAGGGAGUUAUAUCAUAAGUGUUAACAUCAAAAUCAUUACUUAAGAUGCGGAAUAACAACCAUAACAAUUGAAAAUCUUUGAGAAUUGCUGUAUUGCAAUCCGUAGUUGUUUUCAAGUCAUGACUCACUGAUAUUCCUGUCUUGUUGUUCCUGCACUCGUAGAAGCGACGUACCAUUAACGGCAUACUGCUAAUUAGCAGUGGUUAUAACCAUUGCCGUGUCCAAUGUAGAAUAACACACUCUUGGUGAUUCGUUGACGUAGAAAAAGAAAAAUAGGGGACGUAAGAUGGUGUCUUAAGGUAUACUGAUUUUAAUCGAUUUCAUUGCAGAUGGUGUUCUAUCUACCAUCAUCCUUUGUCUCUGGUCACAAGAAUUUCUCUCGCUCUUAUAUGACUCCUGUUGUUCCAAAGCUUGAGAGCUUUGCACAAGCCCUUAUCGAUACACAUCAAAAUAUUUGAAUAUCACACUGAUAGUCAAACCACUAUCCUAGGUUGGCUGUCCAAUUAUCUCUAUUGGUUAGUUAAUCAUAAAUAUUGAGACUCGUGUUUCUUAAGGGUAAAUAGAUUGCAUGAUUCUACAUGACUUAGUAACUUAGUCCGAAUUGUUUUCUCAAACACAUUAGCUACUGCGUUAGUUGGACCAAUAGUUCAGUAGUUGGGAACGAUAUAUCUUUCUAUACUUAAGUACAGGGUUAGCGAUAGCAUUCUUUUAAUCUCUAAAGAGUCCGAAAAAGGGACAUGUUAAAUGGUACCGUGAGUGGUUCUGAAAUAAUGCCCAGGAGGAAUAAUAGCAAUUGUAAAUGUAACCUGUCGGGCCUCGGUGACUUACAAGCAUUGGUAUUGUAGCAGCAACUACCAUGGUAUCUCAGUGGCGUGGUUAUUGGGUGUGUUGACAACAAAGCCAGCAGAGUAGACCUCACUGAAGUAGUUUGACAAAAUCUCAGCUUUGACCGUGUUUGAAUUAUCGUGUAAUAGUAACGGGGGACUCCAAUACUACGUUUUGUCCUCCGCUUGACAUACGAAAACAAUCGUUCUUGGGAAUUACGGCUAUCGUGUGUCGAAUGUCUUUCGUAUGUAGUGCGGGGUCUAGCUCUAGCCAUUUUACGUACACCCCUGAUUUUUCGGUACUCAUACUUAAAUAACUCACGACCAGUGUUAGAAACAAGUCGCAAAAAUGUUUCCUACUCUGUAUCAUUUCCCGAUUCAUGAAAGGCAGUUUUAUUGCUUAUGUGUUGACCAUGAUAUGAACGGCAAUGUUAUGGCCUCGAAUAUGUCUUCAAACCCACUCCAUCUUUAUUCAAUCAACCUAUCUAAAUGACUGACCAAUUUUUUGAGGUAGCACAGUCUCUCUUUGCUGGAAUGUUGGAUUAGAAAGAACAGGUAUUUCUUGUUUGGGUUUUACGUUCUUUUUUAGUUUGAGAUACCGCAAAAUGGUUUUUUGUUUUUAACACAUGGUCAUUUGAGUCUUAAAUAAACAUACACUUUAGUGUGACAGUGCUAUCUUUCAUUGAUGUCUAAAUUUCUUACAAGAACUAGUAAUUUCUGUCUUAAUGCUAACAGGCUCGGCAGUAUAAGUUAGUUUAACUCCCAUCAUUUUGAUCUUAUACCUUCAGGAGUAUGGUUUUAAAACACAAUUGUAUCAACUCAUCAGUUAAUUGACGUCAGCUAUUUGACUAAUAUUUCUGUGCUUUUUAGCCUUCAGAUGGAUGAACGCUUUACUACGGCGUUGUCUAUAUGGAUCCAUAAACCCCAGGUUGUACAUAAAGAUGUAUUUGCUUCAUCCGUUGUAUCCGAAACUGAUGAAUCCUGCGUAAGAUUUAUCUAUCCGAAGCUCCGUACUGGGAUCAGUGAAUUCACUGAAGUUUGUUCCAAAGGAUCAGCUUAUAAGUUUUCAUCGAUCUCCAUAACUUACAUUAUCGAGGAAACAAAUGGUCGCAUUCAAGUUUCCGUCUUGGAUGAGUCUCCUGGGUUUCUCCAGGGUUCUUGGCUGAAAGACGUCCUUGAACAGAAGCUUAAUCUUUGGUAUUCUUGUGAUGCAAAAGUUAAUAUUCCUUCCCUCUCACUAAUUGAUUGCCGUUUAUAUCAAUUGCAAUACGAACGCUUGAAAAAUACCUAUGGACCUACUCUAGUUAAGAACUGGUCGGAGAAAACAGACCCAAUGAAAUUCGUGUAUGAAGAUAUUGGCAUAGCUUGCUACCUUAUAUGUUUAUGGAAAAAUGAACUUGUUAAUUUCGUCGAUCUUGGUUGUGGAAACGGAUUGUUGACGUACAUACUUUUGUCGGAAGGAUUCACUGGCAUAGGAAUAGAUGUACGUAGAAGGCACAUUUGGAAGUCUUAUCCACUAAGUGUACAACAACGUUUAAAGGAAAUUUCGUUAAAUCCAGAAGAAGUUUGUGGGUUUCCACAAGCCAAUUGGCUAAUUGGGAAUCACAGUGAUGAACUUACACCUUGGUUGCCUAUACUGGCAUGUAAAAGUGGACCAUCAUGCAAGAUAUUUGUUUUACCAUGUUGUCCUUACAGUCUUUUUGGAAAAUUCAAUAUCCCGAAAAGUUCACUUUCAUUUUUACCUGACGACAUAAAUGUCAAACAGAUAACAGAAAAUAGUCGAUAUGGUACAUAUCUUAAUUAUAUACAACACAUUUUUGCCAUUUGCAGAUUUAUACCUGAAGUUGAUGCGCUCAGAAUACCAUCAACCAAACGUAUAUGUAUUGUUGGUCGAGAUAUAAUCGAUUCAAAGUGUUUCGAAAAUAAUGAGCACUCAAACCGUUUGUCUGCUGUUAAUAAAUACAUUGAAUACGAACGUGAUAUUACUUCAAAGCCUAACAAAACGUUUGUUGCACGUCCACCCACAGAGAUUCCCUGUAAUUGUACAAGAGUUUCGAAAUUUGUUCUUGACAAAAUAUCACAUACAGUUUUCAAAGCCUUAUUAAUCUGUAAACCAGAUAAAUAUCGUUUACAAUCCCAUAAUCUUGUGCUUUCUGAUGAUUUAAGAAUAAGAACUUUGGACAAUCGUUGGUGGAAUCCUGGUGGUACAUUAACUUUAUCAGAGUGCAGUGAACUUGUGUCACUAGAAGACAUGAAAUUAUUAAAAUCUCAGCAUGGUGGUUUGCAAACUGUCUUGAGGAAUCACCAUCAGUGUUUUCGAAGUGAGUUGACUUAACAUGAAAUUAAUUAAUUAGUCUAUGUGACCUGUAUAUUUUCAUGCAAUUUUACAUUGUAUAUGUAUUAGCAGUUCAAAAUGUGACUAGUGUUUGAAUGUAGUACUUCUGAUUUUUUUAAGUGCACACCAUUUAAUCGGAUAAACAGUACAAAGAAUAAAGGAUUUUAAAAGUUCUAGGUAGUACUCUCCAGCUGGAAUGAACUGGGUGCAUAAUAUUUAGAGGGGUAUAUAUAUACUUAAAUUCAUGAUGCAGUUAGAGCUAGAAGCACUGGACGGCCGUUCCGUGCUAGUAUGAAACUCAUCAGCAGUCUGCAUCCACGACCCCGCCCCGCGGGAUUAGAAUUCAGGACCUAUCAGUUUCGCGCGCGAACGCUUAACUUCUAUAUAUGUAUGGAUGUGUGUAUGUAAAUUUAUUACACUAUGACAGGGUGAGUAGGUGUACAUAUGACUAGAUCCGAAAUCAAACCUAGUGAUUAAAUUUAGACAAAGUAAAUAAAUAUUAUACCAUCAAAUAAGUUAGUAGUAACCGAUUAAGAAAUUUCUUAGCAGUGUAGACAGGUGUACAAUAGUGAAGGUAUCUAAAAAUGUAGAAUAAAGUAGAAAUCACAAUACUUCAAAAAUGAUUCCUUAUUAAUCACCAGAACCGUUUAUAUUUGUCAACUUAGUUUAUUGAGUCAAAUCAGAAUGAUUUGUGUCGGUUCAUAUACUUUCGUAUUCAGUAGUCUGUUAACAAUCGUUAAUGGCUAAGAAUUUUCCUCUCCGCUUAGCUAAAGGGGUUAAGCAAAUACUCACUCAUAAAAGUAGUUAGCCAUUUUCGAAUGUCUUUAGUUUUCUUGUCGCUUAAGAUAAUUUGAAGUGUCGAUAAUCAAUGUAAUAUGUCGAGCUAAUCGUUGCAAUAUACGCUCGCUAGUGCUCGAAAGAUGAGCUUUGAGAAGUAUUAUAAGAAUUGUUGAACCUCAAUCUAGCCACUUCAUGUAUAUCAUUCUUACAUGGUAACUGGUUUGUAAUUGUGGUAGCAAUUUUCUUAUUUCUUUAUUGGUAAGUCAUUCAGGAUAUAUUUAACAAUUCGCAUCUCGUAUAUAAAUGCUGUCGAAUAGAUUUACUAAAUGGCUAACUAUUCUUUCCACAGAUACCUCAGUUUUUAUGUUAUCUUGAUUUGUUUAAUAUUUCCUCACAUUAAUUCUCGACGCAUAUAAACUAUAAGGGGUAUUUUAGCUAAACGGCUUUACUAAAACCCGUUAGAUCUUGUUUUCCUUACCGUGGUUGCUAAUUUUAUCUUUGUUAUUUAGUGAAAAAAUAAUGAAUUCCCUUAUUUUUUAAAACUUGGUGGAAAUUAGGAAUCCAGAAGAAAAGUGUAUAUCGUCAAUGUGUUUGCUUCACGUGUGAUACGAUUAAUAAACAAUGUUAGGCCAAUGAAAUAGUAGAUUCUGGAUAGUACAUAACGGUGUGCUAGAUUGGUUAUUUUUUGCCAUUAUUAUUUUUCUAGGACAGUUGUUGUAGAAGUCAGAGAGACAUAAGUGUGAGUUCAACGAAAGCAUCAAAAGUAUGUUUUCGAAGACAAAUUUGUAUUGAGUAAUAUAGCGUAUGUUAACUAAAUUAAGUCCGCAUUAAAGACUACCUAGUGAUUACGGCACUCAGUUAUACACAUAUUCAGAAGAAAUGUAGUUCUUUUCGUCCCUAGCUCACAUUACUCGAAAGUUUACAACUUCUUUAUAGUGUAUUGUUUCUGGCCGUAGAUUGCCGAAAGAUGUAGCAUUUCAAACGAUAAAUUGGACAAAGUUAUACUAAUGCAAAUAAACUAGAUAAGAUGGAAAACCUUACUAAAAUCUAGUGGUAUUGUAAUAAAAAUAAUAUACUUAUAAAUAUUCCAAUCCAUAGAAAAACUAAAUUUUCAAAUUUUCCGACUUAAUUUUCCUACUCAUUUGGACAUUACAAAUAUAUUGUUAUUGAUAAUAACAAUAUACUUAAUACUCAAUUUAUUUGAAAUUAUCAAGUCACACCUUGGUAAUGAUACCUAAUGGUAUUUUGUUUCCGAGAUAUUAUAUCGUAUCUUAAUGUUACACUGUGAUACGAACACGCUUGUAAGCAGCUGAUGGGAAACCAUAAGAUAAAAUGAAUUCAUAUUAUUUUGCUUCAGUUGUUGUUUUGGCUUUAUUCAAAUUCGUAAAAGAAACCAAUCGUAUGAAAAACUUAUUUAUUCGAUUGGCUUAUAAUUACUUUCUAGCAACAUAGUUGUUUACUUAAUGGCGUAAUGUAAAAUAAACUUCAGUAUGUGAUUAAAAUACCCCUCGUGUGAACAACAAAACAGAAUACUUAGUUAUCACGAGAUGGGUAGUUUAAAAACUCUACUCACCUCUACAGAUAACAGUGACCUCGUAAAAUCUGAUCAUUCGUCUCAUUGGAUAAAGGUGCUUAAGAAAUCCGCUUCAUUGAGGCCAUUUCCAUUUUCGCAUUUCACGAAUCGCAAACCAAAACGAUGUGUUCAUGACAAGAAUCAAUCUGUCUACUAAGUUUAUUCUCAACUAUGCGUUAUUAAGAUCUAAAUGUUUGUUCUAUUCCCAUGCUCAUGUAAAACUGGUUAUUUUUGCGCCUAUGGAACUUUGCUUAUAGUAUUUUUUGUUUAUUCAUCAAGCUAUCAAAAACACCGUUCAGUUA